GGGGUCCUCUGACAUUCGCCCUUUACCUCUAACAAUACACGUGUCCAUCACAGAAGCCAUUAUAUAUGCCAGCGAUUUCCUUUCAAAGCCAGAAACAAAAACCGUCCGACUGCGACAUUUUUUGACAGAGAACCAGACAGGCAUACACUAAAUGGCGGCGGCGUUUAAUGGCAUAAAGAAGGGCGGUUCGCGCACGGUACUGAUAACGGGAGUGAGUAAAGGACUCGGGCGAGCUCUAGCUUUGGAGAUGGCCAAGCGGGGACACACCGUUAUUGGAUGCUCCCGCACGCAGGAGAAACUCAACUCCCUCCAAUCUGAAUUCCCCAACUCAGAUAACCAUCUCUUCCUCAAUGUAGACGUGAAGUCAAAUAGCAGUGUUGAAGAACUAGCACGAAUUGUGGUGGAGAAAAAGGGUGUUCCUGAUAUUAUAGUAAAUAAUGCAGGAACCAUUAAUAAAAAUAACAAGAUAUGGGAGGUUCCCCCAGAAGAGUUUGAUACUGUUAUUGAUACUAAUGUUAAAGGGGUAGCAAACGUGUUGCGCCACUUCAUCCCAUUGAUGAUCACAAAAAAGCAGGGGAUUAUUGUUAAUAUGUCUUCUGGGUGGGGAAGAUCAGGUGCUGCCCUGGUUGCUCCUUAUUGUGCAUCAAAAUGGGCUGUUGAAGGAUUAUCUAGAUCAGUGGCAAAGGAAUUGCCUGACGGGAUGGCAGUCAUUGCUCUAAAUCCUGGUGUGAUAAACACUGAUCUGCUUACAUCAUGCUUUGGUUCUUCGGCUGCCUUAUACCAGGCACCUGAUGCAUGUAUUCACAGAUGUCAUCAUGAUGAGAAUAAGGAUACUGCAAGCAGGUGAAAGAUGAAGACUUGUUUAUAAGCACGGCGGUUUUUAUUUGCAAAAACCUGCGACCAUCCUGCAGAAAAUCUCUUAGAUAAUUGUUUUUCUGCAUCAACUUUUCGGAUCUCAUUCAAUGGUUUAUGCAGAAUAUUUGAUCUUGUUUGUUAAUACUUUAGAUCAAUUACUUUCCAUUAUUUUUUUGUCUUAGAGAUGUAUUUUACCAAA